AUGAAUAAAAUGAUUUAUUAUUAUUAUGAUUUAAAUACAGCUGUGGCGCGCUCCAAAGGCGAAAGAUGGAAAAUGCACAGGCAAUUUCUAACGCCGGCUUUCCACUUUAAUAUACUACAGAAUUUUCUACUAGUCUUCUUAAAAAACGAGAAGAUUCUUAUUAGAAAAUUAAAAGAAAUGGCGGAUGGGAGGACUGUCAAUCUGUUCCCGAUUAUUGCUCUAACGGCUCUCGACAAUGUUACAGAGUCAAUUAAGGGAGUAUUUGUGAGUGCUCAAAUGCAGACAGAAUCGGAAUAUGGGAAAUUGAUAGAGACGUACGGACAUGACACAACGACUUGCUUUAGUUUCGGACUAUACCUCAUUUCGAAGAGUGGAGACAUCCAACAGAAAAUAUUGGACGAACAAAAACUUAUAAUAUUACGAGAUGACUUAAACAGAAGUCCUACUUACAGCGAAUUACAACAAAUGAAGUUUUUAGAGAUGGUUAUCAGAGAAACUCUUCGACUAUAUCCUUCUGUACCAUUGAUCGAAAGAACUGUUACUAAGGAUUGCAAGUUAUCAGGGCUACCAAUUAAAAAGGGUACAUCAGUUAUUGUCAACAUCUUCGAGGUGCAACGCCACCCGGAUCUGUUCGAAGACCCUCUCGUGUUCAGACCGGAGAGGUUCGCUGGCGCCAGCAACAACGCAUUCAGCUGGCUCGCCUUCAGCGCUGGGCCCAGGAACUGUAUUGGUCAAAAGUUCGCCAUGAUGGAGAUGAAGGUGAUAAUAUCAGCGGUGGUGAAUAGUUUCAAGUUGGUCCCCGUGAGCGAGCAGCCGGUCUUGUGCGCCGACCUCAUACUCAGAUCCGAAAACGGCAUCAAAGUCGCAUUCAUCAAAAGAGAUUAAUGUUCAGUUUUUUGGGGUUUUUGUCUGUUGGAGUUUAUGAAUAAAUCGCUAGCGCUUUAGAAUGGAAACAAAACUAAAGUUUUGAUAUCAACCAAUUGAAUCAAAAUAACCAUGUUGUAUAGAUAAUCUCCAGUC